AUGUUUAAUACAAGGAUAUUUGAAAAUACCAAUCCAACUGGUUCCGCAGCUAUCAAUAUACCUUCGGGUGCAUCGGCAGAUCAUCAUCAUCUAGGAGCAUCUACAGUUAAUCCACAACCUAUAGAUAUAACAUUCAAUCAUCGACCCUCCAUUAUUAAUAACUCCCGAUUUAGACGAGAAUCUAUGGCACAUUCACAAGGAGGAGGUAUUGGAGGUGUAUCAUGGGGAUCUGCAACAAUAGGAUCUUGGUUAAAAGAUGAGGUUAUGAUGUCUGGUAGUCAGUAUCAACAAAAUAAUAAUAACUUUUUUAAUAAUACCCAUCAACAUUCUCAUCUUAUACUGUCACAACAACAAUAUUUACAACAGCAACAGCAACAGGCACAAGCACAACAACAACAGCAAUCACAACAGCAUUUGAUUAAUCCAAGAAGAGGAUCGUUUAGAACUAACAAUCAUCCAAGUAUGUCACCACAUUUACAAACAUCGUAUUUACCUGAUUUAGAAGCUCAUUAUUGUAAGGAUUAUAGUUGUUGUGGUGAAUUAUUACCCACAUUACACGACCUUUUGAGACAUUACGAAGAGGCUCAUAUAUCAGUAUCACCACCGCCAGAAUCAAACCAUUUAUUAAACACAAACCGUAAUCGCAACAACUUUAACAAUAUGCAUAAUGUUAUGGAUACAGUGUCUACAACUGAUGUUUUCUUAAAUAACCACCAUCAUCAACAGCAGCAACAACAAAUGACUCAAAACAAUACCAUCCAUCCUGCCGUCACUAAUGAAAGUAACUACCAUUUCAACAACCAACAAACACAACAAGCGUUACAACAACAACAACAAAUCCAAACACAAAAACAACAAAUACCGAACAAUACUUCAUCUCAAAAUGGAAGACUGCAUUCCCCAAUCCACAACUCACCAACCACCAAUAGUAGUACCAAUGCCGGAACACCCAUGCAAACUGAUGAUGAUGAGGAUGCAAUGUAUAUCGAUGAUCCAGCCCGUCAUCUUUAUGUAGUUGACAAUGAUGAAAACAAACCAUUCAAAUGUCCAGUAAUUGGAUGUGAAAAAACUUAUAAGAAUCAAAAUGGACUUAAAUAUCAUCGAUUACAUGGACAUCAAGGACAAAAUUUACGCGAGAAUCCUGAUGGAACUUUUUCAGUUAUUGAUCCCGAAUCUAAUUCUCCAUAUUUGGAUAGUGCGGCUUUGGAGAAGGAUAAACCAUAUAGAUGUGAAGUAUGUGGGAAAAGAUACAAGAAUCUUAAUGGUUUGAAAUAUCAUAGAGGACAUACUACUCAUUAG